CCCUGCCAUCUCAUCCCCCACACUGCCUUUGCAGGUCGCCGCUCGCGGCGAGCGUUCCACACAAUUUCCAUUUCCUCCGGUCUCGAUCGGCAGCGAGGUUCUUCCAAGCAAGAUCGCGACUGUCCAUGCUGCGGCCCUAGGGGUGGUGGUGAUCGAGGAGGACAUCGCGGCAGCCAUGGCGGCGUCGGCGUCGGCAGCGGCGGGCAAGCUGGCGGCCGCGCUCCACCGGAGGACGCACCGGGUCACGUCCGCGCUGGCGCACGCGGCCCUGGAGUGGGUCCUCAUCGCGCUGCUCCUGAUCAACGGGCUGCUCGCCUACGCCAUCGACAGGUUCGCGGACUACUUCGGGCUCGCGCCGCCGUGCCUCCUCUGCUCCCGCGUCGACCGCCUCUUCCAGGCGGACGGCGGCGAGGCCGGCGGCGCGCGGUGGCUGCGGGACGCCCUCUGCGGCGACCACGCCGCGGAGAUCUCCGCGCUCGGGUACUGCCUCCGCCACCGCCGGCUCGCCGAGGGCAGGGAGAUGUGCGAGGACUGCCUGUCCUCGACGAAGGAGAAGACAAGAGAUGCAGCGGAGAAAAGCGCCAGGGCGUGUGCUUGCUGCAAAGCCGUUGUACGGACUUCUUCGCGCGAGCUGGAGGGUACAAGGGAAGAACACGUCGAGGAGAAGAUAACUGAGGAAGUGACAGACGACGACCAAGGCUAUGUUCUGCUGGCUCAAGAAGAUCAUGAAGAGGAAGAGGAGGAGCAGGACGAGGUCGAGAAGCAAGAGCGGCAGAGCGAGGUGGAAGGACAACAUCAACAAGAAAAAGACGAGGCGAUGGCUGCUGUUCAGGAUGAAUCCUUGGAAGUCAUGGCUCAGGGUCAGGGCGAAGAGAUCGCGCUGGAGGACGACCGAUUGGUACCCGUUGUGGCGCUUGAUGAGAUGACGAUCGCCGAUGAUUCGGGUCUGCAUCGCGAUGUUGAAGAGGCGGAUGGAAUGAAUCAGGUAGCAGAAGAUGAGCAGGAUUCGAGGGAUGUGGAUAUCGGAGUGGUUCUGGAGGAGAAGAGGAUGUUGGAUUCCUCGGUUGCAACGCCGGCCGAUGUGAUCGAGGACUCUGUCGUGCCCAUCAGCCCCAUCCCUUGUCCAGAGACCGUAGCAAGCCCAUCUCAUCCUGAUCAUAACUCCAACUCCCAAGAUGAUGAAGAUGUUCCUGAAGAUGCUGUUGAAGUUGGAGAUUCCACAGCUGAAGAAGAUCACAUCUUUGUGCCUCACGUCUCAGAGACCGUUUCUGAAGAUGACAGAACGGCAGAGGUGGACACGAACUGCGAAGUAUCAAUCGGAAGCGAUAUAUGCGAACGGGAACAAGAUGACCAUGUCGUUCCAUUCCAAGACUUGGCAACGCAUGAGGAGCAGGUUGCUCCACUGGCUGGUGCAGAUGAUCAGCCAUCGCCAUUGGAGAUCCUAGCCUCAACUGAGCAAGCAGGUGAAGCCGAACAGGAGGAGAUGACAACGAACACGGGAUCAGAUUACCAACCAAACGAACAGAACGAGGUGGAAGAAGACAAAGCACCUGAGACACCGACGAAUGGCGUCGCCGCACAGCUCUCGGACAGGAUGUUUCUGCUCGAGAGGAAACGGUCACUGUCGCUCUCCCUGGACGGGAGCGUCGCAAGCGAGAUGGAAGGCGGCGAGCCCUCCACCGUGGACCAGCUGAAGUCGGCGCUGCAGGCGGAGCGGAAGGCGCUGGGCGCGCUGUACGCGGAGCUGGAGGAAGAGCGGAGCGCCGCGGCGAUCGCGGCGAGCCAGACGAUGGCGAUGAUCAACAGGCUGCAGGAGGAGAAGGCGGCGAUGCAGAUGGAGGCGCUGCAGUACCAGCGGAUGAUGGAGGAGCAGUCGGAGUACGAUCAGGAGGCGCUGCAGCUUCUGAACGAGCUGGUCACCAAGCGGGAGCGGGAGAAGCAGGAGCUGGAGAGGGAGCUCGAGCUGUUCAGGCAGAAGGUGCAGCGCUACGAGGACAAGGAGAGGCGGAGGAUGGCGAGCUUCAAGGCCAAUGGCGGCAGCCCCAGUGGCAGUGGCAGUGGCACCUCCGUGUCGUCCAGCGGCGAGGACAGCGACGGGCACUCCGACGACUACUGCGAGCUAGGCGAGUCUCCGGACGGCGGCAACAUUCAGAUGAGCUCGUCAGAUGCUGCUCUUAGCUCCAUGAGGGAUCCGGACAGCACGAAGCACCUAGUGGCUCUGGAUGAUUCCUUGACGUACUUCGAGAUGGAGAGGCUCUCCAUCUUGGAGGAGCUCAAGACACUGGAGGAGAGGCUCUUCACAUUGGAAGACGACGAUGUCACCGCCAAUGCCGCUGCUGGCCAUUCCUCCGGUGAUAUGGACUUGUCGGCCGAUGUGCUUCAUUCACCUGAGGACAUCCUCACCGGUGACAAGGCAAGAUGCAGAGGCAGGACUUCUAUCAGUAGAGGGAAGAGUCUUCUGCCUCUAUUCGAUGCAGUCGGCAAUGAGACUUGUGAUCAAAUGCCAUCUGCAAGAGUAGGAGAGGCAGAUCAAGCUGAUGAUUCGGCGACAAAGCCGGCAUCCGUGCUUGCCAAGGAGCAGGAGAGGCUGGCAAUCAUAGAGGAGGUUGAUCAUGUGUAUGAGCGAUUGCAAGCGCUGGAGGCGGACAAGGAAUUCCUGAGGCACUGCAUCAAAUCCCUCAAGAAAGGAGACAAGGGCAUGGACCUACUUCAGGAGAUCUUGCAGCAUCUUCGGGAUCUCCGUAAUGUGGAACUUCAUGUUAAGAAUGCUGGUGAUGCCAUAGCUGCAAAUUCAGUGUAGCAAGUUCAUCUAUACGUGUGAUUAGACUAGAUUAGUAUGUAUUCAGUUGAUUGGAUCGGAAGGAUCCAAAGCACUGCAUUGGUGAUGGUCCCUCUGCAAGGUGAUGGCUGAUUUUAAGGGAGGCUCUGCUCAUUUUGCCUGUGGGCUGGAAGCAAGCCGACCCUUUUUGUGCUGGUCCAGCACUACCAACUUUUUCUGUUGUGGUGGUCGGUGGUAGGAAUCAUUAGGCCUUCCAAAGCUGCACAAAGCUGAAUCAUGGUGCCAGCUUCUGGACAUGUUGAAAACAAAAGAAAAAUGUUAUCUAGAGUGAGUGGAGACGUGGAGAUUUUUUUUUGGGUUAUUGUUGCUUUUUCAGAUGUAAUCUUUUGUUUAACUUUCAGAUUUGUUUUUGUGGUGAGGUAGGCAGUGUUCAUGUAUUUGCUGUAUCCUUUUUUUUGGUGAGGUUGUAGCUUGUAUGGUUGGUACGUGCAGCUUGUUCUUUUGUUUAUAGCCAGUAGAAAAGAAAGCUUGUUUAUGACGAAAUCUUAUUGUAGCAUGAUUGUCUAGUUCUUGGUGUUUCUGCUUCAAAAUUUGUUAAAUCAUAAGCUCCCAUCCUUGUAAGGAAGCUGUUGAUAUAUUAAUAUUAUAUGUCUUAUGAUAA